UGCUCUCAACACUAAGGAUAUGUAUAACAAGCAAAGUGCAAGCUAAUACCAGACAAAUAUAUCUAUCUUUACUUCCUAGAUCCAGUCAAUGUGUACAAUGCACACACCUACACAUGUGUGGAGACAAUGUCGGAUGGUAGAGACUCACCAUAUGCAUAACAGUUACAUCAUGUAUAGUGGUCCAUGGAUUAAGCUAUCCCAACUUAUCCGCUGACUAUGACAAUAUUAUAGGUCUAUAAAGAGCUGAACAAGUUAGGCUUCACAAUAUAUUUCAUAUCGAACUUAUCCUACUUCAUUCCUUGGGGAUUCAAAGACUUGAUCAAGUCUCCCAACAAAUCCAUACCAAUCAUAUCAAUUCCAUGCAUGCACUAUAGCAAUGAGCAGUAAACAAAGCAAUACACACACACACACAAUUCAUUGGACUAAAAGGACAUAUAUUCCAACAAUUUCAAGCAUUGGGAUUAUGCUUAUUGAGUUUUUUUUUUUUCCUUUUCUUUUGAAGGAUGACAAUUUUAUUAAGAAGUGGCAAAGCCGAAUGAAUAUAAAGAAAAGUAUAGAAAAAAUACCCAACAGACAGGCUGCAAAAACCACUCGUACAAGCUACCACUAAGGGGAGCCAGCACCCAAUUUGAGACCAAGAAUUUGGCUACAAGGAGCACCCUUUAUUAUUAUUAUUAUUAUUACUGCUAGAAUUGUGAAAGCAUCUUGAGUUUUUCUUCUUCCAAAUGGCCCAAACCCGCUAAGAGAAAUAGCCUCCAGUUCUUCUUGCCCAAAUUCCCUUGACCACCACCGUGCCACUGUCUGAAGAGGUCUUUAAUUGAGGAAGGAAAAACCCAAGAGGAACCCAGAAACUACAGGAUAUGCUCCCAAACCUCUGAAGAAAAAGGACACCGCAAAAAGAGAUGGCAAACAGAUUCUGCAUCUUGCUGACAUAAUGAGCAAGCGUUAACAAUAAUCAGGUCCUUCUUUCUCAAGUUGUCAAUUGUAAGUACCCUAUAUCAGCCCACUAGCCAAGAGAAGGGGGCUACCUUAAAUGGAGCACCAUAAGACCAAAGGAAAAGGGUGUGAGCACAACUGUCACCACUAGAGUCUCUGGUCUGGCUUCGAAGGAGCAUAGAAAAGAAAGGCUGAACUGAGAAAAUUCCAGAUUUGUCCUCAACCCAACGCACCGCAUCUCCGCUGUCCAUGAAAGACACUCUCUCCAACUGGGAUAAAAGAGCAAGCAACUCCUGAAAUUCCUAGUUAUUAAUAUCUCCACGGCAUAAAGAACUUGAGUGAAGUUGGUUUCUGUUCAUCUUCAAUACCUGUUCCAGAGGUUACUGAGCAUUUGGUGAUACGUUUUCUCAUUUUUGGGGGAAGCUCUGAUUCAUUUGAUUGAUGUAUGUUCAAUACAACUAGGGGGUCCAGGGAAUUUUUGGUGUCCACCCCCACCCCUUCUUGGUGUUGAAGGAUGGAGUCGAAUGAGAAGGAUAAACUUGAGAUGGAGAAGAGUGGGGACCACUUCAAUUACCAAACAUCUAAUAUUUCAUCCGAGUGGCAAUUUGGUUGUGCCAAUCUCGCAAAUCUGCCUAUUGAUUUGGUUCCUACCGACAAAUCUGUUGCAAAUCCAUUGAUUGGUUCUUCUGUUUCAAUGGUAGAGUCCUUUUGCCCCAAUCUUUGGGAUCGUCGAGGGGGUGGGCUUUUACAAACUGGAGCCGGAAUCCUCCCUCAGAGUUUAUCUCAGUUCCCUACCGAUUCUGCUUUCAUUGAGCGGGCAGCACGGUUUUCAUCUUUCAGCAAUGGGAAUGUUAGUGACGUGGCGAUGUUCCCGUUUGGCAUUUCCAAAUCUUUGGGUCCUUAUUCCAUGGGUAGUGGGAUCCAAGCGCCGGAGGUUCUGUCUGCUAAUGGUUUGAAAGUUGCCUUGGGGUCGCAAUCUCUUAAGAAGGAAUUGCAUGUGGCUGAAGUUUCCAAUGCUGUUUCUCCAAUUGUUGAUCAUGGGGCAACCGAAGGGAAUCCGAUGAGUGCUGCCGAAAGGGAAAAGGGGGGUAAUUUGAUGGCAUUUGAUGAAGGGAAACAUCGAAUUAGGGUGUCGUGCAAUGAGUCUGAAGAAGCUGACUUUAGUGGCGGUGGUCAAGAUGGACCGAUGAUUUCGGAUAAUGCUGUUGGGGAAAGUUCAGGUAGAGGAGUUAGUGCCCAGAAAAGGAAAAGGAGCAGUAAGCACCUUGAAUUAGACCAAGUCAAAGGAGUUGAACAGUCAUCAGUCAAAACUGCAAAAGAGAGCAUUGAAGCAACAGCGAAAGGAGAACAAAAACCAAAUUCAACACUUACUAGGUCUACUGGAAAACUAGGUAAAGAGAGCUCUCAAAGUUCAGAUGCCCCCAAGGAAGAUUAUAUUCAUGUUAGAGCACGGCGAGGACAGGCCACAAACAGCCACAGCCUUGCGGAAAGAGUGAGAAGGGAAAAGAUCAGUGAAAGGAUGAAAUUUCUUCAAGACCUUGUACCUGGCUGCAGCAAGGUAACUGGUAAGGCAGUCAUGCUAGAUGAGAUUAUCAACUAUGUACAAUCACUGCAGCAACAGGUUGAGUUUUUGUCAAUGAAGCUUGCAACUGUCAAUCCGCAGUUGGAUUUCAACAUUGAAGGGCUCCUCUCAAAAGAUAUUCUUCAAGCACGAAGCUGCGUGCCAUCCACUAUUGGAUUUUCGCCUGAUAUGGGCAUUUCUCAUUCUCAACUACAUGCAUCUCAACGAAGCCUGAUUCAAGCAGGAAUCCCUGGCAUUGGGAAUCCUUCAGAUAUGCUUCAAAGAACUAUCAAUUCUCAAUUGACUGCCAUGAAUGGAUACAAAGAACUCACACCUCAGAUUACCAAUGGAUGGGAUGAAGGGUUCACCAAUAUGGUGCAGAUGAGCUUUGGUGCGAAUGCCCCUUUGAACACUCAAGAACUAAAUGGUUUGUUGCCGCCUCCCAGUCACAAGAAAGUUGAGCUUUGAUUGUUUCACAUCCAAACGCAACCCACCCCGGCUGAACAUUAGAAGGUGCCAUUGAAAUGCCACAUGCCAUUGCUCUGUCGAUGAAGCGGGCCACGUGACCUCUUCUCAUGCUGUAUUGGGAAGAAAGAACAGUGGUGGUCAAACUCAGAAGCUCGGUUAGAGAUCGCCCAGAAGCUUCAAGCCUGUCUCCGUAUUGCAUCAACGCACGGUCAUGAAGGUAUGAUCUGAUUUCCAAAACAUCCUAAAGGAAGAACACAAACAUGUAUAAAGACUUGGAAGGUAAUCAUGAAAAUUCUUGUUUUUAUGGCGCGUUUGGAUGCAUAAGUGAAUUGAAUUGUGAAAAAAUCAGCAAUGAUUCUUUUGAGUUCUACUGGAAUUUAAUUGUAAUUUGACGCCCAGAUCCUCAACAUGAAUGAUAAGGAAACAACAAUUUGGAAAUUUUCACUUUGUUUUUAUGAUUA